CGUCACAUUUUUUCCUCUGAAGGAUAUAUCGCCUGUGCGAGCCAAAGGCAGUUUAAUGUGUUUAUGUUCAGGUAUUUUCUCCACGCCUUUUUUUAGAACUUGUUUCCUAGAUAUGGUACAGUAGGAAGCUUUCCAGCAAUGUUUUGGGAAUAUUUAGACGCGGCUGGACGACUCGGAAAUUCAGCGGGCUCCACGAGCGAGUGAGAGACAUGGACAACUCUGUCACCCUGUGGCAGUUCCUUCUCCAGCUCCUAUUGGAUCCCAGUAAUGAGCAGCUGAUCUGCUGGACCAAUGAGGAAGGGGAGUUUAAACUGCUGCAGGCAGAGGAGGUGGCCCGUCUGUGGGGAGCCCGCAAGAACAAGCCUAACAUGAACUAUGACAAACUCAGCAGGGCCCUGAGAUACUACUAUGACAAGAACAUCAUAAAGAAAGUGAACGGUCAGAAGUUUGUGUAUCGCUUUGUGUCAUAUCCUGACAUCCUGAAAGGAGAUGUUACUAUGCGAACAGAGGGUGGGGAUGUUAAUGCAGGGGGCCUCCCUUCCCUUUCUAAGAGAGGAGACAGCAUCCAACAGGAGGAUGAGUCUGGUGACCGCAGCAAGGCAGGAGGCGUCGCAGCAGCUCAGAGCUCCAGUACCAAGCAGUCAAACCGCAAUGACUAUAUCCACUCUGGCCUGUACACCUCCUUUACCCUCAACUCUCUGCAAAAUGGACGCCAGCUCUUCAAGUCAAUCAAAAUUGAGAAUCCUGCAGAGAAGAUGGCUGAUAAGAGAGGAAUCACUGCCUUAGCCCAUAGCCAGGAGCAGUUGCCUCAGCCACAACAGCCAAAUGCUCUGCCAUCCGUCAUCAAGUUUGGAAACACCCCUCCAAAGCAAGCACCAGCACCAGCACCGCCUUCUCAGGUUAUAAUAGAGCCCACGCUGAUACCCAACCACUUGGAUCCUCUGCAAGCACUGCCCACAAGGGCUGAAGAUGUCAGCACACACUCCUCCCUGCCAUCCCAGUCCAUUUACUCAUUUGAGCAAAUCCGUCCAUCAGAACCAGCAUUCAGCCUAUCAGACCUGACCUCGACCAGCCCCUCCCCAAGUCUAGUGCCUGAAUCAUCCCAGGAGCUGGUGAUUGACAGCGACAUUGAGUCAGGAUCAUCUCAGCCUGCAGACAUACAGGCACUGGAAAAGGUGGACAACAGCAUGGGUUUGUCUGGAGAGGAGAAUAGUUUGGUGGACGCUGAAACCAGUUCAUCCUCAGUGAGCAGCAGCACCACAGUCAGCACUCAGAGCUCAGGAAAGACACGCAAGCCACCCAAAAUCCUGCAGAUCCCUCCAACUCUGCUGGUCACCACCUCUGACUUCUCCCCUAUGAACCUUUGCAGUCCCUCUCUACCCACUGCCUCUCUCACACCAGCAAUGCUGCAGACUCCCACCCUGCUGCUUACUCCCAGUCCUCUACUCUCAAACAUCCACUUCUGGAGCACGCUCAGUCCAGUGGCUCCCCUCAGCCCAGCCACACGACGCCAGGGAGCUCACCUGUUCCAGUUCCCAUCAGUCCUCACCCCACAGUUCCAGAUCCCUGUUCACAGCAUGGAUGGCACCAACACACCUGGGCCCAUUUCCCCAGACCCUCAGAAGACAUAGUGCUAAAGCCCACGGCAUCACUGCACUACACCUUCCCUCCUCCUUGCGCUCCAGCUUUCACAUCCAGAACAAUAAUGUGGGGGCUCUGUUUUUGCCAUUCCUCAUCACUCCGGUGCUUUAAAGUGUACUGCCACAGAUAAUCUACAACCAUCAGAGUUGUUAAGGAAGGAUCCAUAGAGGAUCUGCUGUCCAGGUUCAUGGAUGAGGAGAACAUUAGACUUGGUUUCAAAGAUGCUAUCCUGCACUCAUACACACUGGUGCCAUCGUUUCUUCAUGCACUCAUGGCUUAUUACGCCUGGCUUUUUGGGAUCCUCAGCCCCAGCAAUUCAAAUGAGGGAGGGAUUUCCAUGGCAACGGAAACUGCAUGUGAAUUGAACCCUCAGCAGCGACAAUCUGCUUCAUACUCAGCAACACAGAGCAGUGAGAAAGCAGACGUUCCUUUUAUAGACUGUCCUUGGAUUGUGCGCUAGUGUUGCUGCAAAAAAGAACACAUUUUAUGAGUUUCUAACCUUUGCUGACGAUAUUUCUUCACUUUCAUGCUUUGUCCUUAACUUACAGUCCUCUUGAAGGGUAGUGCUUUGACCCAACUGUGUGAUGCCUCUUUUACCCAACCCUUUCCUGCUUAGGUGUGCACAGUUUGUUGGCUCAGAAUAGCCAAACCCAGGAGGACUUUUACCUUUACAGUCUUAUUGUUAUGUGGCCAUAAUCAAAGUUGCCAUGCGUUAAAAGUUUAUGACUUUUCUAAUGCAAAGAAGCGGCAGAAUAAACCUGCCAGCCAGCGUGGCCUGGUCAACCUCCAGCUCAUAAGCUUUCAUGUGGGAAUGAAAGUAAAUGAAGCCAUAACUUGUUCUGUGUAUCAACCCAGCAAACCAUGGUACAAAACAUGAUUGCCCUCAUAACACUCUUCUAGAAUAACUUUAUGUUUAGGCAGAAUUCAUGCUGAACACACUUCUAUUAAGUUCUUCAUUUGGGAGGGUAAACAUAAUCAUUCGACUGUAUCUUUGGUAUCUCUGAAUAUACCCUUACUCAACUUUUUGUCAAAAGCUAGACGAGAGUAAAGCUGGUGCUGGUUAAUCUGUCCUCACUGGCUCUCACCAGGAGUCAUAAAACCUGCCUAUCAUCAUCUUUGAAGUUUGCCAAUGAAUUCUUUUGAGUUUAAUUCAUAUACACACAGAAACCAAAGUGUCAAAUGUCUUUUGUAUGGGGGUCAUGUGCUAGUCUCCAAUUGGUUGUGGGGCUCCUUGAUAUGGAGUAGUUCCAGCACAUUACUAUACCAUAUCAAGUUUUGAUUGCACUGGACAAGAUACUGAGUAUGAAAAAAACGGAAGCAGAAGUGUUUUAUGUGAAUGUGGAUGCUUUUAAAUCUCCAAGCCCCAUUUUUCCCAUUAAGUUAAAUCAAGCCUAAAUUAUUGUCCAGACACAUGAGUGGAAUUAAUCCUCUAAUCAUACUUUUGGGAAGGUAAUGAAGACGUGUAUUUUUACUUGUUAACCUAAUCAUUAAGGAAUAAUAAUUAAAAAAAAAUCAAGA